GCAGUUUGCAAUUUUCAUUGGAAUAUUUUUAGAAAAUAUUGCUGUAAAACGUCGAAUUUGUGUGUAGAAAAGACCUGAAAUAGUGAUGGCGGAGUCACUUCCAAAUAACUCAUCUGUCGCAUCCUCUUCAGCAUCGGCAGACACUGGGCUUAGGCAGUUCGUUAGUGAAGCAAUCUCGAACAAUGGCGACGACAAUAAACAGGGUCAAUCGUUAGAAGAACAAGAGGAAAAACUUGAGCCAGACAUUCUUAAGCUAGAAUGUCCUGUUUGCCUUCAAACAUGUAUCCAUCCUGCGCGGUUGCCAUGUGGGCAUGUAUUUUGCUUCCUGUGCGUUAAGGGAGUUGCGUUUAAAAAUCGUCGCUGCGCAAUGUGUCGUCGUGAUAUUCCGCCUAGUUACUUAGAACACCCACAGUUAGUGAAUGGAUUGAAGGAAGUGGAGAAAGCAGCUAAAGCCAACGAUGGUGCCGAAUAUCAAUGGUAUUAUGAAGGCCGCAAUGGGUGGUGGCAGUAUGAUGAAAGAACCAGUCAAGAACUGGAAGAGUCUUACCAGAAAAAGGAAAGAUUCUGCAAGAUUCUGGUUGCCGGCUUUCUAUACAUUGUAGACUUUGAACACAAGUGCCAGAUUAGGCAAAACGAUCCAUCCAGAAUAAGACGAGUCAAGCGCGAUUUGACGACUAUUCCGAAAAAGGGAGUUGCCGGGUUGCGACUGGAAACGAAUGAUCUUACAUCUGGAGCAGCACCCAGCUCUAAUUUGGAUGGUGCUCUCAGUUCAGCAGAUUUGCAGGCAGAAACCAAUUUACUACAAAUGCAUCGUAAUAUUGUGGUCGAAGAAACCGCAGAGGAAGAAGUGGAAGAGCAAAUUCGACGAGUCAAUUUGGAUGGUAGCGUGAGCAGCGAUACAAGUGGCAGUACAAACAAUUCCCUCGACAUGGUCAAUCUAUCACCGAAUGUUUCCAGUGAAGGCGAUCACCAUCCCAAUGACGAUGUUGAGUUGAGUGAAGCAAUUAACAAUCUAAAUUCGCUGACAUUGGGAGAUACUCGAGCAAACGACCGUGCACGGGAACCGAUUGCUAUUAGGAGACGUAUCGUCACAGACUUGUUUCCGCUAAGUGAUAGCGACGAUGAUAAUGAGGAUAGCAAUCAUGUUAUACUUUAAAUUUAGAGCAGUUUCGUGAGUAGUCUGCAUGUAGUGCGUGUUCGUUCUGGCAAUUUAUCAAAAUUUAAGCGUUUUAUAGAAAAAAUACUACAUUGAUAGUUGCUGAAUUGUUUGGCAAAAAAUAAAAUUACUAGGUUAUUAAUACUUCCAUUUGCUACAAAAUGUUCCGGUAUUAAGUAUUUCACAAAAUUAGGUAUGCCACAGGGUAACAGAGCGAACAAUUCAUUGCACUAUAAUGGUUUCUUUAAGUGCAAAAAGGAUGAUUGCGACCAUGGAUGUUGUAUCUGUGGUGUACUAAAAAGCAUAUGUUUCAAUAUAUCUCAAGAAAAUCCUCUGGAUUGCAGAAAUUUAUUUUAACAGUUUCGGCAGUAGUAGAAUAAUUAAUAGAUUGUUCGCUUUACUAUUCCAUAAGAAGUAAAAAAAUUUACUUCUUCAGAGCUAUAUUUUUAUAUACAAGAUACAAUGGCUUGAAUGCUUUUUAAUCUAUUUUUGUUUUUCGCAUCAGAUAUUUUGGCAUUGCAGCUUUUUCAACUGGUUAAUAAAACCAACA